AUGAUGAAACUGGCAUGGCUUUUGCUAUUUUUGGGCCUUACCUUGGCCGCCGUCGACUACUCCGAUUGGGACAAGGCGCAAAAGUUUUGCGGCCGUGAAGUGGGCGCCGUGGUGUCGAUUGUUUGCGAAAAAGAGGACAUGGACGACGCACCGCCGAAUUCUGAUGCCCGGGCCGUCAUCGAGAAGUGUUGCCACGGCGCGGAGGGCUGCACGCUAAACUGGGUGAAAACAGAAUGUGCCAGGGUUUUCCCGGAA